AUGGCACCACGUUCAACUGCACAAAAAAGAUUAUUAAAAGAAUAUCAACAACUCAUGAGAGAUCCUCCACCAGGUAUAAUAGCAGGACCAAUCACUGAAGAUGAUUUAUUUAAAUGGGAAUGUCUUUUAGAAGGACCUCCUGAUACCCCAUAUGAAAAUGGAGUAUUUCCUGCAUUAUUACAAUUCCCAAAAGAUUAUCCAUUAAGUCCACCUACUCUAACUUUUGAUCCACCAUUAUUACAUCCAAAUAUCUAUGCUGAUGGAACAGUUUGUAUUUCGAUCUUACAUCCACCAGGAGAAGAUCCAAAUCAAUAUGAACGUCCCGAAGAGAGAUGGUCUCCAGUGCAGAGUAUUGAGAAGAUCUUAUUGAGUGUGGUUAGUAUGUUGGCUGAACCAAAUCCUGAAAGUGGUGCAAAUGUCGAUGCUUGUAAAUUGUGGAGAGAUAAUCGAGAUGAAUAUAAUAAAUUGAUCAGAUUACAUAUUACAAAAUCAUUGGGAUUAUAA